AAAGUGUCCGUGUGAACAAAAUUGAAGUCAGUAUCAACAACAGAGUUUAUGGUUUUGUUGUGUAGAAAAUGAUGCUGGUGCCACUGAAGCGAAGGAAACUGGUCUUGUCUAAAGGGAACACUGGGGUUGAUGGAGGGGACAUUGUAGCAGCCAAGUUUCCUCAGGUUGUUUUGUUCUUAUUGGAAAGAAAAAUGGGAGCCAGUCGAAGGACUUUUCUCUCUCAGCUCGGACGAAGGAAAGGAUUUCAGGUGGAGGAGCAGUUCAGUAAGAAGGUGACGCAUGUUAUUUGUGAAAACAACUGUGCAGAAGACGUCAGGACGUGGCUGGCCUCACAGGGAGGAGAGCAGGCAGAGGUCCACCUGCUGGACAUCAGCUGGUACACAGAGAGCAUGCGUGCAGGACACCCUGUGCACAUGCUGGACAGACAUGAACUGCAGGAGCUGCAGGUAGAUAAGUCUGAAGUGGUUGUGUUUUCAGUUCCAGCCUACGCCUGUCAGAGAAGAACCACGCUGGAGAAUCAUAACACCACCCUCACUGAUGCUCUGUCGCUUCUGGCUGAAAACGCGGAGCUCAGUGACGAGGAUGGGCGAGGGGUGGCGUUCCGCAGGGCCGCCGCGGUGCUGAAGGUGCUGCCGUCAGCAGUGAAGAGCACGUCGCAGCUCACAGGACUGCCCUGUCUGGGCGGGCACUCACUCAGAGUCAUCAAAGACGUUUUGGAGAACGGCUCAUCCAGCGAGGUUGAAUCCACCAAAGGGUCUGAACAAUAUAAAGCUCUGAAGGUGUUAACAGGUAUCUUUGGUGUUGGAGCAAAAACAGCUGACCGAUGGAUCAGAGAGGGGAUACACGACCUCCGUCAGCUACGAGAUUCAGGACACGCAUUAAAUCGGGCGCAGCGGGCAGGCCUGGAGCAUUACGAUGAUAUCAACCAGCCAGUCUCAAAGACCGAGGCCGCAGCCAUCGAGGAGCUCGUGAAGAAAGCGGUGGCCUCCGUGUUACCACGAGCUCAGGUGGUCAUGACCGGAGGCUUCAGGAGGGGGAAGCCGAGCGGUCAUGAUGUUGACUUCUUGAUAACACACCCAGAGGAGGGCAGGGAGGUGGGACUCUUGCCUAAAGUGCUCUCCUGGCUGCAGUCAAAGGGUUUCCUGUUGUACCAGAAAACUACAAGAAACUCUUACCUGGAGUCCAAGGAGGGUCCUGGUCGCCCUCCGUCCAGCAUGGACCGCUUCGAGAGAUGUUUGUCCAUAUUUAAACUGCUCAGGACGGAAAAACAAGCAGCCGAAGCUCCUCAGGAUGUGAUGGUAAACGAUGUGCAAGCUGAAGGAGAGCAGAAGUCAGAUGAGUCGAGUCGUCCUGAGCAGACUGCAGCUGCAGACAGACGGUGGAGAGCUGUGAGGGUGGACCUGGUGGUCUCUCCAAUCAGCCAGUUUGCUUUUGCUCUGCUGGGUUGGACCGGAUCCAAGCUGUUUGAGAGGGAGCUGCGCCGGUGGGCGGGGUACGAGAAGUCCAUGUGUCUGAGCAGCCACGCUCUGUAUGACAACAAUCAGAGAAGAUAUCUGAGAGCUUCUUCAGAGGAGGAAAUCUUUGCUCAUCUCGGCCUCGAGUACAUCCCUCCAUCAGAGAGAAACGCCUGACGAGU